GGUUAGUGAAACUGAACUAAGCUCUCACUUUGUCGCACAGGACCAGUUAAACAAUGGCUGAUGAGCGUGCUGUUCCCAGCUCUGGGCCCAGUCACGACUCUCCAGAGUUGAGGAUCGUGCUGAUAGGUGGCAGAGAAUUAACAGGAGAGCCCAGUAAUAAGAGUCUGAGCGGUAACAUCAUACUGGGUCAAAAUGUUUUUGACACCAGCAGAAGAACUGCCCAGAGUGUGGUGGGGCAGCAGGAGGUUCAUGGCAGACGGGUCACUGUGGUGGAUACUCCAGGCUGGUGGUGGCACUAUCCACUAGAAAACACCCCAAAGCUGGAUCAGAUAGAAAUCCAGAACAGCGUCCAUCUGUGUCCCCCAGGACCUCACGCAUUUCUUCUGGUCUUUCAUCAUAGCUUUUUUUUGCCCCAGAUCUUCAUAUCAUCUUUAAAAGAGCACCUGAAACUUUUCGACAAGGAUGUGUUGAAUCACACCAUCGUACUGUUCACUGCUGAAGAUCCAUGGGAUGAAAAAAAUAUCAACUUCAAAAUCAGUGAGUGGUCAGAAAUGCAGUGGAUUCUUGAGCAAUGUGGAAACAGAAAACAUGUCCUCUGUGUGAGUAACAGGGAGGACAGCAGUCAAGUUGAAAAGCUUUUUGAGAAAAUCGAGGCAAUGGUCGCUACGAAUGGAGGCCGUCACUAUCCCAUUGAUCGUGCUCAUGGAAACGCUCUGAGGGAGGAAAUGAAAGCAAUAAGUGACAGAGCAUCAAAGAGGUUUGGUGAGGUGCAGACACACAGAAGGAAACUCAGAGCACUAAUUGAAGGUGGUAAAACCCCACCAGCACAUUUAAGACUAGUGAUGGUUGGUGCUCAGUGGUCAGCUAAGAGCUCGGCUGGAAACACCAUUCUGAGGAAAAAGGCUUUUGCUGUUCAUCACAGAAGAACAACGAUGUCCAGUGAAAUUAAUCACGGCAUUCUGGGAGAAAGGACACUCGCAGUGGUGGAUUCUCCUGGCUGGUUCUACAACCACACCCUUCAGGACACCUCUGAGACAGAUAAACAUGAAAUAGAGAACAGUGUGUACAUGUGCACUCCAGGACCCCACGCAGUGCUCCUCGUGGUAGGCCUGGCAUCUGCAUUUAAUACAUCCUAUCAUAGAGCAGUCCAGGAGCACAUGAGUCUGUUUAGGGAUGAUGUCUGGAAGCACACCAUUGUUCUGUUCACUAGAGGUGAUUGGCUGGGAGUGAAGACUGUGGAAGAACGUAUAGAGAGUGAGGAAGGUCUGCAGUGGCUGAUGAAGCAGUGUGGGAACAGGUACCACGUCCUGGACAACAUGAAGGAUAAUGAUGAGAUGCAGGUACAAGAUCUCCUGGAGAAGAUUGAAGAGAUGUGGGCAGGAAAUGAAAACUCACAUUAUGAAGUUGAUCCGGAUCGUGAAGCACAGCUGGAGGCCAGAAAAGAGGCAGAAGGAAAAUUAGCUAGAAGGAUCAGAAAGACCACUGAAAGACAAUCAAGAAUACUGGGAAAGUUAUUUGAAGGAGAGAGGCUGAAAAUCACUGACCUGAGGAUUGUACUGCUUGGCAGAGAGGAAUCUGGGAAGAGUAUGGCAGGAAACAACAUCCUUUUUCAAAACAAUAUUUGA